AUGCCUUACUCGAACCGUGGACACCACUCUCGUGCACACCGCCACCCCGCCCGCUCCAUCUUCCGCAGCACCCCCAGCAGGGACACCCCCCCGGUCAUCAUGCCCGAGUUCCGCCGCAUAAGCUCCAUCACCCCCGCCCUCACCGCGCAGGGCACUGCCUCAGAGCACCCCCUCACCCGCCGCGCCCUCCACGAGCUACAGCAAGCUCUCACCGGUCCACGCCUCCUCCCGGGCGUGCAGCCGCGGUAUAUCCUGCCUAGUAUGCACCGUGACAUUGACUACCCCGACACCGACACGCAGCAGCAGCCAUCGGGAUCGGGCCUGAUCUCUUCACGCACGGUCAUCCACCCGUUCGCACCGUUCCAGAAUGUUGAGACUGAAUUCAAUGUCCGCGAUUUUGGCCAGGCCACGGUCCGCCACAUUGCGCCGGAUACGAUGGUGCGUACUUAUGAGCCUGGCCCAGGUACUAGCGCUGCUAUGAACCGCAUCAACCCCAACCGCGCUAUGUCUACAACACCAAUGGACCCCACCGCCACCGCCAGCAACGAAGACGGCGACGGCGUGGGUAACCACGACGACGACAGAGACUCCCAAGCCGACACCGUCUCCAACCACUCCACCACCUCCACGCUCUCCACCAUCCCCGACCCAGACCCCGUCUUCCCCACUCACACCGAAGCCUCCUUCUCCCCAUCCGACGCCUCCGACUGCAGCGCCGAGGACCCAGAAGUGUGCCAGGUGUGCACAAGACGUAAGGCGAUCGUGCGCUUCGUGGGCUGCACGCAUGGGCUCUGUGUCAGCUGCAUGAAGGGCACGUGGUGGGGGCGGAUUAAUCGCGAGAGACACUGGCCGACGAUUGUGCCGUGUGGGCUGUGUAGAGCGGAGAUUGGACGGGUGUGGGUGAGGGGGGAAGGAAGAGGGGGGCCGUGUCCGGUGUUGACGGUGUUGGAGUUUAUGGUUCAGAGGAGUGUGAGUGUGAGGGGGAAGUUGAGGUGGGAGGAGAUUGAUAGGGUGAGGCCUGUGGAGAUACAGCCGUGGUUGAUCUACAAGUAA